AUGGACCCACUCGCUGGCAUGGAUGAUUCUACAACCGAUGAUGAUAAUGCUUCUCAAACAACCGAGGACGAUCCUCAGGUACCAGACAAUCACCCACCGCCACCUCCCCAGCCUGCACCCCAACCAGUCCCUCAAGCACCACCACCAGCGACAUCAGGCAUGCGAGAAAGGCCAAAUUAUGAACUCCGGCAUACACUGAGGGGACAUACGCAAUCUAUAUCUGCCGUCAAAUUCAGUCCUGACGGAACACUGCUGGCAUCUUGCGCCGCAGAUAAUUUGGUAAAAAUAUGGUCUCCAUUCACGGGCGAGUUAAUCAGAAACUUGAGUGGCCAUACCAAAGGCCUCUCAGAUAUCGCGUGGUCAACAGAUGGUGUGUAUCUCGCAUCAGCCUCUGAUGACACCAGUGUACGGAUAUGGAACGUCGAUUCUGGAUUAACAACGAAACAUCUAAAAGGGCACACAAGUUUUGUGUUUUGCGUAAAUUACAACACAGCUUCCAACCUCCUUGUCUCCGGAGGUUGUGAUGGUGACGUUCGAAUAUGGAAUGUUGCAAGAGGAAAAUGCAUGAAGACUCUGCAUGCGCAUCUCGACUACGUCACUGCCGUGCACUUUAACAGAGAUGCCACCCUCAUAGUCUCGUGUGCUCUUGAUGGGCUGAUCCGGAUUUGGAACACCACGACUGGCCAAUGUUUGAAAACCCUUGCUGAAGGACACGACGCUGUAUGCCAACACGUACAAUUCUCACCCAAUUCCAAGUACAUCCUCUCUACUGCUCAUGACAGCGCGAUCAGAUUAUGGGACUAUCACACGUCGCGCUGCUUGAAAACAUACACUGGUCAUCGUAAUGAGAAAUUCUGUAUAGCAGCCUGUUUCAGUGUUACUGGGGGGAAAUGGAUUGUCUCUGGGAGCGAAGAUCAAAAGGUUUAUAUAUGGGAUCUUCAAAGUCGUGAAGUGGUGCAGGUUCUUGAAGGACAUGGAGGUGUUGUCGUCGCUGUGGCCACACAUCCACAGCAAAAUAUGAUUGCGUCUGGCUCGAUCGAGCCAGAUCUCACAGUUCGCAUAUGGGCUGAUCGUGGUUCGCCAUCCUGA